GUCAUAUAUCGAAUUAACUCACUCAUCAAUGGAUGCUAAUGAAGAUUUCUUUUAAUCUUCUUUAACUUGUUAAUUACUCUUCGUCAACCUCAUUAACAACAAUAAUUGGAAAAACCCAACAAUCCCAACCGAAGAAAGUAGCCUAUCCAUUCUCAAAUCUCUGGCUUUCCACCAGCUUUCUCUCGCAGCUAUCAAUGGCAGAUCUCAAGCCCAGAGCCGAGAUUUCCUUCAUUGAAACUUUCCUAUGCAGUGCUUUCGCUGCUUGUUUCGCCGAGUUCUGUACCAUUCCGUUGGACACUGCAAAAGUGAGGCUUCAGCUCCAAAGAAAAGCAACUACAGUGGAUGGGAGCAGUCCGCCUAAAUAUAGAGGUUUGUUGGGUACAGUGGCUACCAUUGCCAGGGAAGAAGGUUUGUUGGCCCUCUGGAAAGGGAUUAUUGCAGGAUUACAUCGUCAGUGUAUUUAUGGAGGCUUAAGGAUCGGAUUAUAUGAGCCUGUUAAGGCAUUUUUAGUCGGUGGUGAUCUUGUGAGAGAUAUUCCUUUGUACCAAAAAAUACUUGCAGCUUUAUUGACUGGGGCUAUUGCGAUUGCGGUAGCUAAUCCAACUGACCUUGUUAAAGUUCGACUUCAAGCUGAGGGAAAACUGCCGGCUGGGUUGCCUAGGCGUUAUGCUGGGGCUUUGGAUGCUUAUUUGACCAUAGUGAGACAGGAAGGACUGGCUGCCCUGUGGACUGGACUUGGGCCUAAUAUAGCACGAAAUGCUAUUAUAAAUGCUGCUGAAUUGGCUAGUUAUGAUCAAGUGAAACAGACAAUUUUGCAAAUUCCAGGGUUCACAGACAAUGUUCUAACUCAUCUCCUAGCUGGUCUUGGCGCAGGUCUCUUUGCAGUCUGUAUUGGUUCUCCCAUUGAUGUGGUGAAAUCUAGAAUGAUGGGGGAUUCUGCCUACAAAAGCACCAUAGAUUGUUUCAUCAAGACUUUGAAGAAUGAGGGAUUUUCUGCCUUUUACAAGGGAUUUCUUCCAAAUUUCAGUCGGCUUGGAACCUGGAACGUGAUUAUGUUCCUGACCCUUGAACAGGCGAAGAAGGCUUUUGUAAGGGAAGUAUAUAAUGAUUGAUUUACAGUGAUGGAAGCAGGAAGAGAUAUUUGGCAAUUCUCUUCAACUGAGUGUUGCUUUAUAAGGGGAGAUAAAGUGGUUAUGCUUGAAAUUGUUUUCAAACCAGAUCUAGAGAGCGAAUACUCUUCUUCCUUGGUAUAUAUAAUUAUUUUUGUAGGCAAUCAGAUCUACAUAGUCAUCAAUUAUAUGGGCAGUACUUAGUAGUUGUUUCUGGCCCAUCCAUUGUCAUUCUCAGAAUACUUGAAUAUACUGCUAGCAGGAUUAAUGAUGUAAGAUAUGUAAUUUUGUGGGGCUUGCUUUCAAUAAAAAUUUUGCCUAUUCUUUGGGACUUUUGGUUGCCUGAGUUAUGCGCU